AUGUUUAAAGAAUUCAAGAGCUCAAUGAAAAAGGAAUUUGAGAUGACUGAUAUGGGAUGCAUGAGAUAUUUUCUCGGUGUGGAAGUCACACAAACUUCUUAUGACAUUUUUAUUUGUCAAAGGAAGUAUGCUAAUGAAAUACUGAAAAGGUUUGGCUUACAAAAUUGUUCAUCUGUCCACAACCUAAUUGUUCCAGGGUGCAAACUCACAAAGGAUGUUGGAGGGUUAAAGGUUGAUGCAACCACAUAUAAGCAAAUGGUGGGAAGUCUUAUGUACUUAACUGCCACUAGACCAGAUCUGAUGUAUGUUUUGAGUCUGGUGGCUCGUUUCAUGGAAGCUCCGACGACUAUGCAUCAACAAGCUGUGAAGAGGGUUCUGCGCUACAUAAGAGGGACCACUGAAUUGGGAAUGUUUUACAAAAGAGAAAGUGAAGAGAAUUUAGUAGCUUUUUGUGAUAGUGACUAUGCCGGGGAUCUUGAAGACUGA